CUUAAGUUCGGAACGUCUCGAUAUUCUCACUGUACUCCGCUAACCUGCGUCCAGAAGACAUGUUGGUGGUGCUGCUCGCGAUCGUCUGCUUGGGCGUGUUCGCCGUCUACUCGAUGAAGAAACCCAAACACUUUCCGCCAGGUCCAAUGUGGUGGCCGCUAGUCGGCUGCUCGGUGGAAAUGCGCCGCGAGAUGAGGCGGGCCAAAGGACGACAGCAGAUCGUCUUGGAGAAGAUGUGCAGAAAGUGGAACACGAGCGUGGUCGGGAUGAAGAUGGGCAGCCAGCUGGUCGUCUGCGUGUCUAGCUUUCCCGUCCUGAAAAAGGUGUUCGACAACGAGGCUUUCUUCGCCCGACCGAACAACUUCUUCACGAAGCUUCGCACCAUUGGAUCGUGCCCCGGCAUAACUUGUGCGGAAGGAUCGCUAUUUGAGGAGCACAAGAGGUUCGUGCUCAAAAAUCUGCAAAGUCGCACUGGGAAAAUGGAAAUGGAAGCGAAAAUCUUCGAGGAGCUCGAAGAUGUGAAGCAAUUGAUCGAUGACGACCGCCUGAAGGUCCAGUUCGGGCAGAUUAUGCAACCGGCAGUCGUCAACAUUAUAUGGUCUUUCAUUGCUGGGCAGCGUAUCAAGAGAUCCGAUCCGAAAUUCCAAACGCUACUAGGACUUUUGGACGCACGAAGUAAAGCGUUCGACAUGGGUGGCGGAACUUUGAGUAACUUCCCCUGGCUUAGAUUUAUCGCACCGGAUUGGGUGGGGUUCACCUUGAUUAACAACUUGAACAUGGAGCUGAAGAGCUUCUUCACGAAGACAAUUAAUGACCACUACAGCACCUGGGGCGAGGACAGGACAGGCGAUUUGAUUUACUCUUUCAUCUCCCAAGGACGCACGAAGGAUAAAUCUGGCACGUUCACAGACGACCAGCUCUUGAUGAUUAUUCUCGAUUUAUUCGUCGGCGGCGCGCAUUCCAGUGCCGCAAUACUAGACUUCGCCUUUCUGAUGAUGAUGCACUAUCCUGAUGUUAAACACAGAGUCCAGGCUUGUCUAGACGACGCCUUCGCUAGUUCCGAUCAGAUUCAGUACCAAGAUAGGCAUAGAAUUCCAUACGUGGAGGCAACCUUGUCUGAGGUGAUGAGGUACUGUCACGUGUUUCCAGUGGGGGGCUCUCGUCGAGCACUCAGAGACACUGAGCUGGAAGGAUACACAAUCCCAAAGGAUACCACAGUCCUCAUAGAUCUGUACUCAGUUUUAAACAGCAAAGACGUCUGGGGCGACCCGGAAAAUUUUCGACCGGAACGGUUUAUGGUCGACGACCAGUUGGCCGUCAUCGAAAAUUACAUUCCUUUCGGAAUCGGUAGGCGGCGAUGCUUGGGGGAAUCCCUGGCGCGGAGAAUUCUAUUUUUGGUGUUCGCGGAGGUCAUGAAGACCUACGACAUCUUACCGGAAGAGGGAGCGCCACUUCCACCGAUCGACCCCCAACCCGGAAUUACGGCUCUGCCCCAACCGUAUAAAGCGAGAUUCGUCAGAAGAGACAGUGUUUUGAAUAAAAGCUAG